AUGUCAGAUGAUUAUUACACAUCUGAUAAUUAUGAAACUUCUGAUAAUUAUGAAACUUCUGAUAAAUCAAAAAAUAGAAAUCAUAAUUUACUUUAUAAGAGUUCUCAAUCAGCCGAUAGUAGACUAUCCCACGAAGGAACUGAAUCUGAUUGUGAUAAUCUUUGGCAAGGUACAUUUUCUGCACCUGUAGAAGAUUGUUUAUUAUCUAAUUCUAAAGUAUUAGAUAUUGGAUGUUUAUCGGGAUCAUGGAUUUUAGAUAUGGCAGAAAAAUAUCCACAUACAUUAUUUUAUGGAUUAGAAUCAAAUACAGUUCCUCCACCAAUUAUUCCUAGGAACGCCAAUUUCUUCAAAGCAAAUAUAUUGUCACUGCCAUUUGAAGACGAAGAAUUUGAUUAUGCUAGAAUUGGUGAUAUGAUGAGUACUUUCUCUGAUAUCGAAUGGGAACAAGCAUUAUCUGAAAUUAUCAGAGUGACAAAGUGUGGCGGAUGGAUCGAAAUUUCUGAAUGGGAUAUCUCUGUUUCAAAAAAAAUUGCCCCAAACUAUUUUAGAAUUGUUGAAGCAU